GGAUUAUAAACUUGACGUUACUAGAUGCUGAUCGUUGUGCUAGUCAGGCUUUGGAAUUUCAAAGCAGAAGAACGAAUAUUCAUGCGUUUAAAGGUGCAUCAUGUGUUGAUUCCAAAAUGACUCAUAUUGAAUUUACUGGUGAUAUCCUAAAGAUUCCUAUAUCAGAAGACCUGUUAGGUCGUAUUUUAAAUGGAUCUUGGAAAGCUAUUGAUAAAG